GUCGUACGGUCACCAGUGGCUCAUCAACAUUAGUCGUUUCAUCGCACCACUUAGACCUUUUAAUGAUGCUGAAACGCCAACGGCCCUCGUCUCCGCCACCCCAUUUACUAUCGGAGACGCCUGCGGAGUCUACAUGGCCCCUUGGACUCGGGCCCAUCGAGGAUCCCCUCCAUCGUCAUACCAAGCGCCUCAGAACACUUGCACCAACUCUAGACGGGCAACUCCGAGGAUGGACGCACCAUCGUCCCGAAGACGAAGACAGCUUUGACGCCGAUACCGAUGUUCAAAGCCACCCCCGUGCGGGACCAUCGAGACAGUUGCAGACGGCGAAGGGCACGCCAUUAGAUACAUCUCCGCAGCAACACCUUAUGGAAAACGCCUGGCAGUACCGGAGAACCAACGGGCUGUUGCAUAGCUUGCACAGCUUGCACAUACAGCAGCAACAACAUAUUAAGUCACGAGGGUUAGGGCAAAUCGAAGAUUCGCCACUGCAUAGGGCUGCGACUCCGCCAUCCGCAUCCGCCGCGUCAAACCACGGUGGACCUUCUCAUUCGCAUGAAAAUGCACAUGCUCUAUUCGAAGAGCGCUCGUGGGAUUCGGAGAGGUCGAGAAGCGGCUUGUCGCCACAGAGGAAGACGAGCCCGUUAGAGGCAGAUGAAGCCGAGAGCCAACGCGUGAGGGAGCGGUAUGAGAACACGAACAAACGCACGACGACAGGACCUCCCAACCCUGAUAUCUCCGGCUGCUACAAGCAUCGGCACCCUUGCUUCUGUCCAUCUCACACAUUCAAGCAGCACAUCCCCGUUCUGCGUUGGGUUACUAUAUCGAUUCGCCGUGAUUCCGACGUCCAUCCAAUGAUCUCUGCUCUGCACGACGAUGCAUUGUAA